UAGAAAUAAGAAAUUAACAAUCGUGUCCAAGUUCCUCAUUUCGUCGUCUCGCGCCCCUCUUCUUCUUCACUCAUAGAUCUCCGGUCAAUCGCAUUGUACGGAAGCGAAUCAGUCGUCGCCGGAGCGGUUGAUAACAUUUCCGGUGGUCGUGAGCAAGCCACGAUUCAAUGGCAGGGACGACAGGAAGUUCAAUGUUAUACUCACUUCUCCUAUUCAUUCUCAUCCUGUCCCUUCAACAAAUGUAUAGAGUGAAACUAGCCUCAUCUGAGGUGUUCACCAUACUUGGCGGUUUUACCAGCUCUCUCUUGUUCACGGUGUUGCUAACAUUCAUUGGGAAUUACCAAGAGACAAUUGGUGCGAAGACUGGAUGGGGUACAGUAAUCUUGGCAGAGACAGUUGCUCUUAUCGCUGCAGGCACUGUUCAUCGUGUCUGCGUCACAACAUGCUUCUUGUUCUCAGCUGGAAUUCUUUACGAGGUUAAUAAGCUAUCAGGAAUGAAGCUUUCGAAGAUUGAUUCCAAGACAAAGAGGAUCUGAGAAAGAAGCAACUAAAAUUUCCCAUUUAAUCUCAUGCUCUCUAGUUUUGUUUUCUUCAUUUUUUAGGAAAAAUUAAACUGGAUUUAUUUGUGAUAAAUUAUUAGUUUGGUAGGUCUAUUUGGAAGCUACAUUUUUAUUUACCUUGGUUUGACAUUAUAAUAUUGUCACAUGACAUAUAGGCACUCACGAACCUCUCAUUUUCCCUAAUGAAAGGAAACAAUGUUGGAUUUUAAUGAGAAAGAUUCUAUAUAUUUUGAGAAA